CAUUCGCCCAUGCCCACUUUAAAGUAUCGCGCCCGGUUUCCAUCCACAAUACGUCACAUCGGCUCACCUCCCCGAGCAUUGUCGCAUACUGCCGCCCACUCGUAGGCAAGGCAGAAACUGAUCCCAGAUUGUUCCGGAUCUUUAAAGCACACCAUUCGACCCUUCUUCGUUCUUCUUCCGCGCGUCGUCAAUUUGCAUCUUCUCGUCGCAUUGCAUUAGUACCCCACCGGGCCUCACCCAUCUACUGCUCUCCCACUACACAUAACUAUCUCUUGCGUCGAGGCCGCCUUGCCCGCACCGACUGCCAUCAUGUCCUUCGCCGGCUUAUCCUUCAUCUUUUGGCGCAUCUUCCAGUUCGUCACCCUCGUACCGACGCUGGGUAUGCUGGCCUGGUUCGUCGAUUGGUACAACUCGCGCCGGCUCCUCACUCCAACAUCCAUUCUCGUUCUCUUCAUCGUCUCGGUACUCGGUGCAGCAUGGGUCAUGGCCACUCUCUUCCUCUACACACGCGCCAGGCACUCUGCCAAAUUCGUUGCCUUUAUCGACCUCUUGUUCGUUGGCGCCUUUAUUGGUGCCGUCUAUGCGCUCCGAGGCAUCGCUGAUGCAGAUUGCUCCAGCAUCAACCGCCGAGGAUCUUACAGCACCGAUCUAGGAUUGUUCACUGUUUCUGGAGACACCUGGGGUUUGGACGUGGACCGUUCCUGUGCUAUGCUCAAGGCAUCAUGGGCAUUCGGAAUCAUGAACAUCAUUUUCUUCUUCAUCACUUCAAUCCUGGCUCUGCUCGUUAGCCACCAUCACCGUGAAGAUCGUGUCAUCGUUAAGCGCGAAGUUCACCGAUCUCGUCACGGCCACCGCUCUCGUAGCCCCCGCUACUCCUCCACCCGCAGUCGCAGCCGCAGCCGACGCAGCUAUGUUGUAUAAGCGCUUGUUGUCACGAGUACGAAACGUUUGCAUUAAUCAGAAUAUCAUGAGUAUGAGGAUUCGGAACCCACGAGGGUUUGGGAACAUAUGGCAGAUGAAUGUGAUUAUAUUACGAAUUUUCUUGGAAAUGCCGCCAUUUCACCAAUGUCUGCAGGUAUUGGAACAGAAGUGGAAUGGAUUGGCACGAUUACGACGAUUGUAUGAGGAUAUCCCCUAAUGUCGAGGUUUAACAUUGUUUGUUUAUUGUAGAUAGCCGCAUAAUCUCGAAUAUGAUUUCAAAUCUCAGCAGCAACAACAACAACAACAACAACAACAACAUGGCCAUGACGACUUACACAAACACAAGAAUAUUCACACUAGCAACACCCAAGUCCUGUGGGGCCAAACAACGUGUCAAUUGACAAAAAA